AUGGAAAACGAAAAAUCCGAGCAAAUCAUGGAUUUUUGCUCAGAAGAGAGCCCAAAACGGCGGGAGGCUCAACAAACAUACGAAAUUCAAGUGGAGAUUGACGAUACGCCAGAUACUACAUUCAGUUGGCGCAAGUUAUGGGCAUUCACGGGACCCGGUUUUCUCAUGUCCAUCGCCUAUUUGGACCCCGGAAACAUAGAAUCCGACCUUCAAGCCGGUGCAAUUUCAUAUUUCAAGCUUAUCUGGGUCCUAAUGUUGGCUCAUAUCAUGGGAUUGCUCCUUCAAAGACUCGCCGCUCGUUUAGGAGUGGUUUCUGGGAAACAUAUGGCUGAAGUGGCGUAUUCCUACUAUCCAAAAGUCCCUAGAUUGAUUUUAUGGCUGUUGGUGGAGAGUGCAAUUGUUGGAAGUGAUAUGCAAGAGGUUAUUGGGACAGCAAUCUCCUUUUAUUUGCUGUCCAAUGGAGCAAUCCCCCUCUGGGCCGGAGUACUCAUCACAAUCUGCGACACGUUCACAUUUUUGUUCCUCGAAAAGUAUGGAGUUCGAAAAUUCGAGGCAUUCUUCUGUUUUCUGAUUACCAUGAUGGCUGUGACAUUUGGCUAUGAGUUUGGUGUUAGUCAGCCGGAUGCGGGAAAAAUGUUCACUGGAAUGUUUGUGCCAUGGUGUACCGGAUGUGAUAACAAUAUGGUCAUGCAAGGUGUGGCAAUUAUUGGAGCUGUUAUUAUGCCACAUAAUUUCUAUUUGCACUCGGCGUUGGUAAAAUCCCGAAAAGUGGAUCGUCGUCGUGCUGAGAAGGUCACCGAAGCCAAUAAAUACUUUUUCAUCGAGUCUGCAUUUGCACUCUUCGUUUCCUUCAUUAUUAACACUUUAGUGGUAUCAGUGUUCGCUCAAGGAAUGUUCGGAAAGACUAAUAAUGAUAUUAGAGGUGUAUGCUAUAACAACACACAUAAUGGAAUGCCCUACUUUUAUAAAUCCGAAUUCCCAGCGAAUGAUGACCCAAUUCAAUCGGAUAUUUAUCAUGCUGGCAUCUUUCUUGGUUGCACUUUUGGAGUUUUUGCACUUUAUGUAUGGGCUGUGGGAAUUUUGGCAUGUGGACAGUCUUCUACAAUGACAGGCACAUACGCUGGACAGUUCGCUAUGGAGGGCUUCAUCCAAAUCCAACUCCCCCAAUGGAAACGUAUUCUCAUCACUCGCUCGCUCGCUAUCCUCCCCACACUCGCUGUGGUCAUUUUUUCCGGAGGAAUUGAUAAUAUUUCAAGCUUAAACGACUUUUUGAAUUGCUUGCAGCUAGUCCAACUCCCGUUCGCUUUGAUUCCAGUCUUGACAUUCGUCUCUGAUAAGAGGAUCAUGCACGAGUAUGCGUUGGCUAGUGUCUCCAAAACGGUCUCCAUCGUAAUCUCUCUUAUCAUUCUCUUCAUCAAUUUCUAUUUCCUCUACUCCUGGAUUGGAUCGCAAUUCGGCUACAAUGACAUUUCUAUUCCGAUUACUGUCAUUUUUGCAAUAUUCUAUAUUAUUUUUAUUGCUUAUUUGACCUACUACUGCCUGGUAGCCAUGAACUUCAUCCCGCCCAUCAAAAAUUCGAAAUGGCUCGCCGAGCCCAUCUACCACGACUUUGAUGCUCCGUGGCUCGAGCGGCGUUCAGUUGAUAAGGAUUCAAUUAGUGAUGAGCAAUCAUGGAGAUAUUAA